GGGGUGUGUGGAAACGCAGACUGGAUGGGAGAGGGAGGGGGUACAGCGGGUGAAUUUGGAAGCGGGGAGUGUAGGGAGAUGCUGGAAUGAGAACUUGUCCCCCCCCCCCCUCGCAUUUCAGCCUUUGCACCUCCAGUGAGCACUUUGCUAGUGUGAGAGUAGGAUAACCCUGUGCCUAUGGUGCCUGCAGGCACACACACUGACAUGCCUGCCUCCCUGCGCUGCCUCCUGGAUGUGCACCUCCAGCCUGGGACCCUAACGAUGCUCCGGAGCAAGGGGACAUGGGACCUGCCUGCCAAAUAAGGAGCUAAUGUUACGCUUUCUCUCUGGGACACCCUGACCAAUUGCAACUUGCAACUGGAUCUCUUCCCUCUUUUCAUCUUCAUUUUUCCCUUCUUGUUUUCGGGGAGCCUGUGAAUACUGUUUGCCUUCUGCCAUGGAACUAAAUGUGCUGCUGCUACUGUUGUUAUGCUCAAUUGGGAGCCAAGUUGGAGCUGUGGAAGAGACCCUUAUGGACACUCGAACGGCCACUGCUGAACUGGGAUGGACAGCCAAUCCUUCUUCUGGGUGGGAAGAAGUGAGUGGCUAUGAUGAAAACCUCAACACAAUCCGUACAUACCAAGUGUGCAAUGUCUUUGGGCCAAGCCAGAACAACUGGCUCCUCACUACCUUCAUCCCAAGGCGCGGAGCCCAUCGUGUCUAUGUGGAGAUGCGCUUUACUGUUCGGGACUGUAGCAGCCUCCCAAAUGUCCCAGGUUCUUGCAAAGAAACUUUUAAUUUGUACUACUAUGAGACAGACUCGAAUAUUGACAACAAGAUAUCUACAUUUUGGAAUGAGUCUCCCUAUUUAAAGGUGGACACUAUAGCUGCUGAUGAGAGUUUCUCACAAGUGGACUUUGGUGGGAGACUGAUGAAAGUCAACACAGAAGUUCGUAGUUUUGGCCCUCUAACCCGCAGUGGCUUCUAUUUGGCAUUUCAGGAUUAUGGAGCAUGCAUGUCACUCCUUUCAGUUCGGGUCUUCUUCAAGAAAUGUCCCAGUGUGGUUCAGAAUUUUGCAGUCUUCCCUGAAACCAUGACUGGGGCAGAAAGUACCUCUUUAGUUAUAGCCCGGGGAACCUGCAUACCUAAUGCUGAGGAGGUUGAUGUUCCUAUCAAACUGUACUGCAAUGGGGAUGGUGAAUGGAUGGUUCCAAUUGGCAAAUGCACCUGUAAGGCUGGAUAUGAGCCAGAAAAUCAUGUUGUCUGCAAAGCCUGCCCAGCUGCCAUGUUUAAAGCAAAUCAAGGCAUGGGGGUGUGCGCUCCAUGUCCCGCUAACAGCCGCUCCACUUCUGAGGCUUCUCCCAUCUGCAUCUGCCGCAAUGGAUACUACCGAGCUGACUUCGAUACACCGGAGGCCCCAUGUACCAGUGUUCCCUCUGGUCCCCGCAAUGUGAUCUCCAUAGUCAAUGAGACAGCCAUCACUUUAGAGUGGCACCCUCCGCGCGAAACAGGAGGAAGAGAUGAUGUCACCUACAACAUUAUCUGCAAGAAGUGCCAGUCUGAUCGGCGCGGCUGUUCUCGCUGCGAUGACAACGUUGAGUUUGUUCCACGUCAGAUGGGUUUGACUGAUACGCGAGUCUUUAUCAGCAAUUUGUGGGCUCACACUCCCUACACCUUUGAAAUCCAGGCAAUCAAUGGAGUGACAAACAAAAGCCCUUUUCCUCCCCAGCAUGUAUCCGUUAAUAUUACUACUAACCAAGCAGCUCCUUCUUCUGUACCCAUAAUGCACCAAGUCAAAGCCACCAUGAAGAGCAUCACAUUAUCCUGGCCUCAACCAGAACAACCCAAUGGGAUCAUCCUGGAUUAUGAGAUUCGAUACUAUGAGAAGGAUCACCACGAAUUUAACUCUUCUCUAGCCAGAAGCCAAACCAACACAGCAAGUAUAGAAGGCCUGAGACCGGGAGUGGUUUAUGUGGUGCAGGUCCGAGCUCGCACAGUCGCCGGCUACGGAAAGUUUAGUAGCAAAAUGUGCUUCCAGACACUGACGGCUGAGGAUUACAAAUCAGAGCUGAGGGAGCAACUUCCUCUCAUCGCAGGAUCAGCUGCUGCAGGAGUGGUCUUCAUUGUGUCUCUGGUGGCUAUCUCCAUAGUAUGCAGCAGGAAAAGAACUUACAGCAAAGAAGCGGUUUACAGUGACAAACUGCAACACUACAGCACUGGCAGAGGCUCCCCAGGAAUGAAAAUUUAUAUUGAUCCCUUCACUUAUGAAGACCCAAAUGAAGCAGUAAGAGAGUUUGCCAAGGAAAUCGAUGUCUCUUUUGUGAAGAUCGAGGAAGUGAUUGGAGCCGGAGAAUUCGGGGAAGUCUACAAAGGGCGCCUGAAGCUCCCUAGCAAGAGGGAAAUCUAUGUGGCUAUCAAAACCCUCAAGGCUGGAUACUCAGAAAAGCAGCGAAGAGACUUCCUGAGCGAAGCAAGCAUUAUGGGCCAGUUUGAUCACCCCAAUAUCAUUCGCCUGGAAGGUGUGGUGACCAAAAGCAGGCCUGUUAUGAUUAUCACUGAGUUCAUGGAAAAUGGAGCCCUGGAUUCUUUUCUACGGCAAAACGAUGGGCAGUUUACAGUCAUUCAGCUGGUGGGAAUGCUUAGAGGCAUUGCAGCUGGCAUGAAGUACCUUUCUGAAAUGAACUAUGUGCACCGAGACCUGGCGGCAAGAAAUAUCUUGGUGAAUAGCAACUUGGUCUGCAAGGUGUCGGAUUUUGGCCUAUCCCGGUAUCUGCAGGAUGACACUUCAGAUCCCACAUACACCAGUUCCCUGGGUGGUAAAAUCCCAGUCAGAUGGACAGCUCCAGAAGCCAUUGCUUAUCGGAAAUUCACUUCAGCUAGUGAUGUAUGGAGUUACGGUAUUGUCAUGUGGGAAGUCAUGUCGUAUGGGGAACGGCCAUAUUGGGACAUGUCGAACCAGGAUGUUAUAAAUGCCAUUGAGCAAGAUUAUCGCCUUCCUCCACCCAUGGACUGUCCAGCUGCCCUUCAUCAGCUUAUGCUGGACUGCUGGCAGAAAGAUCGCAACAGCCGUCCGCGCUUUGGGGAGAUUGUCAACACCUUAGACAAGAUGAUCCGGAACCCUGCCAGUCUGAAGACAGUGGCUACUAUCCCCGCUGUGCCUUCCCAGCCGCUGCUCGACCACUCCAUCCCAGACAUUACAGCCUUUACCUCAGUAGAUGACUGGUUGAGUGCUAUCAAGAUGGGACAAUACAGAGACAUCUUCCUGAGCUCCGGUUUCACCUCCCUGCAGCUUGUCGCUCAGAUGACCUCAGAGGAUCUCCUCAGGAUAGGGAUAACGUUAGCGGGGCACCAGAAAAAAAUCCUGAACUCUAUUCAAUCCAUGAGGGUCCAAAUAAGCCAGUCUCCAACCUCUAUAGCAUGAGACUUUGGGGACAUUGAGGGUCAGGGACUACACGAGGGUGGGUAGGGGAAAUGUAGAGGUCAAGAGGAGGAAUGGAUUAUGCAGUGGGGAAACAGAACUUUGCAAUUCAGGUGACAACAUUUUAUCAAGCAUGGAACUCCCAUAAAAAGCAUAAGGCACUCACAGUGAGUGUCUCUUGCAGGGCCGGGAAGUUGCAUUGUUUCAGUUGUGGUGUCCUUAGAAGAAAAUCACUUUUUUUGGAAAAGUUGUGGGAAAUUACUGGAAAAGUCUAAGCAUUAUAGCUGGAGGCACUGUCGGGAAAUAAAGGUGCUUACUUUGACCAUACUACCAGUUGCAAAGGGAUUAUGGACCUCAUGUUCCGUCAGCUUCAUCUGUUGCGUGGAUGCCCUGUGUCCCCUCAUUUCCGACACAACUGCUGCUUCAGGGAAAGAGGCCGUCUGCACACUUCCAUCUACUCUUUUAUUUCUUUUGUCUUCAUAUUGAAGAUGAAGUUGUAUGGAAGAACGAACAUUUUUUUUUCUUCUUCUUUUGCUUGCAUUUUUUGGCAAAACAAGGAAAAUAUAUGAAAAAAUAAACAUUAAAAAAAAGAUCAGGAAGAAAACCUGAUGAUGUGUCUACCUUUGUGUCCUAUAUGUUAAAAAAUAAAAAAUAAAUGAGCUGCAAAUUCAGUGUUUGUAUAUAAAGGGAAAGGCAUUGGUACCUCUAAUGGAUCAGAGAUGACCCUGUUGUGUUUUCUUCCUUAUGGAGCUAUACUGGAUCAUUAACUUUGUCUUGGAAACUCAAUACAGAAAAAAAAGCUGGCACUAGGGAUAACAGGGACAACUGCCAUGGCUGGUACAUGUGGAUUAUGGAGCGAAAUAUAUGGCAUAAACAUCACUGGGCUUGGUUUGGUUCAUUUUAUGGUCAUCUUCAUGGAUUUUAGUUCUGAAUUUGGCCGCGCCUUCUUAUGGAUUAAAAGGUAAGAUCUGGACUUUGUACAGUUCUAGUUACACCUUGAAAACACGUCUACCUUACUGAGUAACAAAUUAAGAAGACAUUAAAGCCUGAACAGUAGGUUCAAAAUGGCAUCAGCUCAUAAAUCACAAGAGAUGGAAAAUUGUUACCUACACUUUAGAGCUGUCACUAAUUUCUUGUGUUAAUAAUGAGACACAUUGUGCAUCCUAGAGAUAAAUGCAGUUAUGGCUGAAAAAAUCACGCCGUAGAAAUGUAGAUAGUAGAGCCUUAAUGUUACCAAAGGUACACAAUAAAAGAAGGUCUGGUAGCUUUCAUAUGACAUGAUCAGCUGUUUCUCCAAAGGAAGAAGUAAUAGAUCAUGACGGCCAUAAAUAAAAAAAAAAAUUUAAAGAAAUGAUCAGUGAAACCAAAAAAUAAAUUUGAUCUGAGCUAUUUAUCUCUGUCCUGUGAAUGUACAAAUAUUUUAUUUAAGUUCUGGUCUUUAUAGCACAAUGUUCAUUAUCAGCCAUCUUUCAUGUAAACAAAGCCACACUCUGGUCUGUUGUGUUCAGUGGAGCCUUAGGCAAUUAAUGUGAAUGUUAUUCCGCCAAAAUAGCUACUAAAAAUCCUACAUGUAUUUUCAAAUAAAAAUAUCUUGUUGUUUCGUA